AUGGCGCAUGUCGUUGCACAUACACGUCCAGUUGACCUCGCUUCAAUCCUCGAAUCUCCAAACCCGGUGGUCGAUCUCCACAUCGAUGAGUUUGAACGGACAUCGCGUCGGUUCCUCAAAGCGGUUGCGGCGUAUUCUGCUAGAGCGAUCGAAGAGAUCGCACAGAGGAAAUCACGUCACGUUUCUGAGAUGAAGAGGGUCGCGGAACGUACAACGCAGGUGGAAGCGGAGAUCCAGUCGUGUAAAGUAAAGGAGAUUGAACUCAUGCAAGUUCUUGAGAAGGAACAAGCGGAAAAGAGGGAAUCUGAAUCUGCUGUCGCAGAGCUCAAACGUCAGUUUGCGUCCGUGAAAGAAAAGUGCACCUCAGUGGAUGCCGAAAUUGACCAAUACACGGACGAACUGAACAAUUUGCGAAAAGAUAAGCAGAAGGACAUGACCGUCCUUGACACUCAUGCGUGUCGAGUAUCACCAGAACUCCGUGACUGUGUGGAACGACUGCAAUUUAUGCUUGAAGGUGUUGGUCAAGAUAAGCUGCUUAUUCGAUUUCUGAAUAUCGACCCCAAUGAACCCCAACGGGAGUUCAGCAUAGUUGUCGACGCGUCUAAUCGGGUAUAUCAAGUACCAUUAACAACACCACCGAUCCCGACCAUCCCGCUUCUGGUUGACCAACUAAAUAAGACACGCGACGUAUUCGCGUUCAUUAAGAGUGUACGGUCGCAUUUUAUCGAUAUGAUAAAAGGUCCGAGGUGAACUGUUUGCAUGGAAGAGUCCAUGUUACCUGCUUGGUUUGCAUUACAUCUAUUUCUUGGUUUAUCUUGCACAGUAUGCGUUACACUUAUCCACUAUCUGUCCAGUUAUUGGACUCACGCAAUUGUAAUGAUUAUGAUUAUUU